UUACUUUGAUGACCGAACAAGUAAAAAAAAAAUCAUCGCGGCCAGUUUAAGAAUCAAUGAAAUGAGUAUAAUUUACUUGGACAAUAACAUUAAGCCUCCUACUCAAUAUUCGCCUCCUAAUCGUGUACCACUCCUUGAAAAGGUGUAUCAUACUGAAUACGCGCGGCGGUGGCGUUGUUUUGUUUAUGAUUUUUAUUUCGAUUUUUAGUUUUAUUUUUUAUUCGCUAAUGUGAAGAUCCGUUCGAUGUUUCGAAUAUUUCGCGAAUAAUCUGUAGACCGAAUGAAUGAAAAGUUGUGUUCAGUGGUGUUCGGCUUGUUUCCUGUGUUAUUUUAUUUUUAUUUUUUGUGCGUGAAGAAAAAUGAAUUCGGCUCAAUUGGUUCAGCGUAUUAACGGACCCAGUGUCGUACAACGAACUCAGACUGUUAUCGAUACUCGAUCUACAGCUAAACCUAUCAGGCAUUUUGGUAUUAGUCCCACGAUUGAUAAAGAAGAAAAUGAUGGAUCUGUGAUGACUUUCACCUUCGUUUCGCACGAUAAAUUCGACGAUGGACUUGAUUCGUUGCCUUUUAGUGUGCAGCAGAAUCAGCUGACGACUGCAUUGAAACUCUCCUAUCCUUAUGGUAUUAUUCUUCAAUCUAAAGAAAAAUCAGCUGCUUAUCCGGUCAUACAAUUUUCUUAUGGAACUGAGCGCUUGGAGGCCAAAAAUGACGAGUAUAUUAUUCAAGGAUUCAAUAAAAAUAGUUGCAUUUAUAAAGAAAUGAGAGUACUAGAAGGUGACAUCGGAAAUGAUCUAUGUUUUCAUCAGAACGUCCAUUACAUCAUACUUGGUUUUAAAACUACCGAUGUUAAAUAUAAUCAGGCAUUAUUAGAAAGUUGGAGAGACUGGACCGGAGCAAGACAUAUUUAUAUUAAUUUUCCAGAACAACUGAAUCUCAUCAAGAUCACUUUAUAUCACAAACAAACCAUCGAGGAUGUUAAUUUAUUCUCGUAUAUUGUAGUAGUGAAGUGCGACGGUAUCACUACUAAAGAAAAAGAAACCAUUUUGUUAGAUUUCGUGCAAAGGUUUAGAGCAGAAAUGACCUCCAAUUUCGUUUCAGUUUAUCAAGAAGUGAUCACAUAAAAUCCAUGUUUAGGUACUUCUGAAACCGAAUUGGAAAUUUCGCUGACUGUGAAGUUCUCACAAAAAUUCAUUAAUUUAUUGCUUAUUUAACAAUUUUUGUAACAAACGUACCUAUUGACUUUCCCAUUAUAGUUUUAAUUUAUUCGACUAAUAGAACAUCGUUUUUACAAUUCAA